CUCAGCAAGGCGUUAAUAUGAUUAAUUCGAAAUUUACGGUCGGUGUCACGUCGCAUCUAGACUUGAGCAUCCUCGGCCAAUUAAAUAGUCCUACGGGGCUAUUUAGAGGUCCAAUGGACCUGGCUAGAACUUCUUUUAUUUUCUUUCUCUUUUUUAAGAUAUAUAUAAGCUAUGUGUGCUAUAAUUCCUCAGCGCGAGGCAAUCAAUCUAUAGUCUCGAAUUUAUGUCCCAUUUUCAAUGGAGAACGUCAGGGGACACAGGGAAAUUAUCGUGGAUAUUAUGGGAGCCAUUUGUUUGAUAAUAGCAGGUCUCUGAUGGUAUCGAAACUGCAGCCAUGUUCGAUUUACGGGGUCACUUCCACAUUUCUCAUUCUCCAUAUAAAUACGUUGCUUCCAUCCAGGAUAUCAUCUGACUGUUUUCCAUGUCUUCGGGGAAGCCUGAAACUUAGAUGCAGUCAAAUCAUCGCUUGCAACAAAUGCUUCAGACAUCACCGAUCGUAUAGACCAGGAAAGCUUCUUUGCAUAAUAAUUAGAAGCUAAAUGUGCGUUUAUAUAUAAUCUAUAGCUUAGACCCAAGUAAACACCUACUCAACCAGCUAGAAAGCUCAAUCCACUAUUUGCUUCCGUGCCG